AUUCCAGCGAACUUUAAAAGGCGGCUCUGGGCGCGGUUCGUUCUCAUUGCGGAGCUGCGGACAUUGCCAACAGCUUUCUGUGUAAAACCGGCCACUGAGCAGCAGGUGAAAUGUCAAAGGGACCAGCAAUUGGUAUUGAUCUUGGGACAACCUACUCCUGUGUAGGUGUCUUCCAGCAUGGCAAAGUUGAAAUUAUUGCCAAUGACCAAGGCAACCGAACCACUCCAAGCUAUGUUGCCUUUACUGAUACAGAAAGGCUCAUUGGUGAUGCGGCCAAGAACCAGGUGGCAAUGAACCCAACCAACACUGUCUUUGAUGCUAAGCGCCUUAUUGGCCGCAGAUUUGAUGAUUCAGUUGUUCAAUCUGACAUGAAGCACUGGCCAUUCCAUGUUAUCAAUGAUGGUGGCCGUCCCAAAGUUGAAGUGGAGUACAAAGCUGAGAAGAAGUCCUUUUAUCCAGAAGAAGUGUCAUCCAUGGUGUUGACUAAAAUGAAGGAGAUUGCUGAGGCCUACCUUGGAAAGACUAUAACAAAUGCAGUCAUCACAGUACCAGCUUACUUCAAUGAUUCUCAACGACAAGCUACUAAGGAUGCUGGUACUAUUUCUGGCCUUAAUGUGCUGCGCAUCAUCAAUGAACCAACUGCAGCUGCUAUUGCAUAUGGCUUGGAUAAGAAGGUUGGUGCUGAAAGAAAUGUUCUGAUUUUUGACCUUGGUGGUGGUACUUUUGAUGUCUCUAUCUUGACCAUUGAAGAUGGCAUUUUUGAAGUCAAAUCUACAGCUGGUGACACCCAUCUUGGCGGUGAGGAUUUUGACAACCGUAUGGUCAACCAUUUUAUCGCUGAAUUCAAGCGCAAGUACAAGAAAGACAUCACUGACAACAAGAGAGCUGUUCGCCGUCUCCGCACCGCAUGUGAACGUGCCAAGCGUACCCUGUCAUCCAGUACGCAAGCUAGCAUUGAAAUUGACUCCCUGUACGAGGGUGUUGACUUCUACACCUCCAUCACUCGGGCACGAUUUGAAGAGCUCAAUGCUGACCUCUUCCGUGGCACGCUUGACCCUGUAGAGAAAUCCUUGCGAGAUGCCAAGCUUGACAAGGCUCAAAUCCACGACAUUGUUCUGGUUGGCGGAUCCACCCGUAUUCCCAAAAUCCAGAAGUUGCUGCAAGAUUUCUUCAAUGGCAAAGAACUGAACAAGAGCAUUAACCCUGAUGAAGCUGUUGCAUAUGGUGCAGCUGUGCAGGCUGCUAUCUUGGCUGGUGACAAGUCUGAGGCUGUGCAAGAUCUGCUGCUGCUGGAUGUGACUCCUCUGUCACUUGGUAUUGAAACUGCUGGUGGUGUAAUGACAACAUUAAUCAAGCGCAACACCACAAUUCCAACAAAGCAAACACAAACCUUUACUACAUAUUCUGAUAAUCAGCCUGGUGUGCUAAUUCAGGUGUUUGAGGGUGAGAGAGCCAUGACUAAGGAUAACAAUUUGCUUGGCAAGUUUGAGCUGACAGGAAUUCCACCUGCUCCGCGAGGUGUGCCUCAAAUUGAGGUGACAUUUGAUAUUGAUGCCAAUGGUAUCUUGAAUGUGUCUGCAGUGGACAAGAGCACAGGAAAGGAAAACAAGAUCACUAUCACAAAUGACAAAGGUCGCUUGAGCAAAGAAGAGAUUGAACGUAUGGUCCAGGAAGCUGAGAAGUACAAAACUGAAGAUGACCAGCAACGUGAAAAAGUUGCUGCAAAGAAUGCUUUGGAAUCUUAUGCCUUCAACAUGAAGGCCACAGUUGAGGAUGAGAAGCUAAAAGGGAAAGUUGGAGAUGAUGAUAAGCAGAAGAUCUUGGACAAAUGUAAUGAAGUUAUCAGCUGGCUAGACAAGAACCAGACUGCUGAAAAGGAUGAGUAUGAGCACCAACAGAAGGAGCUGGAAAAAAUCUGCAAUCCUAUCAUUACAAAGCUAUACCAAGGAGCUGGUGGGCCACCUGGGGGCUUUCCUGGUGCUGGUGGUGCUCCUUCUGGUGCUGGUGCAUCAUCUGGUCCAACAAUUGAAGAGGUCGAUUAAAUAUACAGCAUGUGUAUUGGUCACUAGUGUUUGACUGGGAUUGGCUAAUAAGUGCACUUAAACUGUCUUGUAUAUUGUUCUUAACACUCAACUGACUUUUAAGUGCCAAAGUUUUGGAUGCACUUGAACAUCAAUCUAACUGUCAGUCUUAAUUAAAAAAAACCUAUGACCAGAA